CCGCGCACGCCCGCGCUGCCCUGGCGGGAGGCGGCGAGGCGAGGCGGCGGCGACUAUGGCCAUGGCCAUGGCGCAUCGCGGCGGCGGCGGCGGCGGCGGCGGCGGCGGCUCGCGCAGCGCCUAUUACUUCUUCGUGCGCGACCGGCUGCCCGAGCUGCAGCGGCGCGGCCUGCCGCUGGCCCGCGUGGCCGACGCCAUUCCCUACUGCUCGGAGGAGUGGGCGUUGCUGACUGAGGAAGAAAAGAUGAAAUACACAGAGAUGGCUCGUAAGUGGAAAGAAAAUAAAUUUCUUCAGAAGCCAGUGAGAGAGAUGCAUAAUCUGGCUCAUCCAGUUCCUGCUUGUCUGACCACAGAGACACCCAGAAGUACUUCUCUUCCAGAUGCCUCUGCUAUAUCUUGGAGGAAUGACCAGGCUGUGGUUGCGGACAUCAUCUACUUCCUGAACAUUUACAGCCAUGGCGAGCUGCCGUCUCACUGUGAGCAGCGCUUCCUUCCGUGUGAGAUUGGUUGUGUCAAGUACUCUCUAAAGGAAGGCAUAAUGGCUGAUUUCCAUCACUUCAUAGAUCCUGAAGUACCACCACGUGGUUUUCGGUACCACUGCCAGGCUGCAAAUGUUUUGCAAGUCUCUAGUUUCUCCUUCUGGAAACUUCAUCUCAAGUUUUGUAGAGAAAGAGGUGAUAACACUCAUAAGAUCCCUAUAUCUGGAUUUGAGCUGUCACGCGCUCGUUACCCAGUUGUCUUACGUGAACUUCUUGCCUUUGUGCAGCCAGCUGGAGGUGUUUGGCCUCAUUUCUACUGCAGGUGUCAUGACAGAUACCGAAUCAACUGGUGCCUCAGACGAAUGGCUAGCUUAUCAGGCAUUGAGAGCCAUCUGGAGCUUCUUAAUGUGGAAGACCUGAUAGUAGAACUGUACUGGAAGAAAUAUCAAAAGGAGCCAUCAAAGACUUGGGUGUGUAAAGAACUAGAUGUCUUCCUCUGGGAUUACUCCAGUAAUACCAGGUGCAAGUGGCAUGAAGAGAAUGAUAUACUUUUCUGUGCUUUGGCAUCCUGCAAGAAAAUUGCUUAUUGUAUCAGUAAGUCUUUAGCUAGUGUGUAUGGAGUCUCACUGACAGCAGCUCACCUACCUCUUGAAGACUGUGAUUCCCAUGACAGGACGAAUGCCAGGAUGGUAGUACUGGAUGCUGGACGUUUCCAGAAAAUGAAGGCUAGGAGUUCUGGAUGUGACAGCCAGGUCAUUUCUCCAAGUCAGGAUCAAGGAUUUGUCCCUUCUGCUUGUGAGUCUGAGACUUUCACAUUUGGAAAGGCAAAGAGGGUAUUUAAACUUUAUCUCAUGAUUGUAUUGCUACUUUUUCAGAUUUCCGAGCUCAGAUGUUCUCUGUUAUUGCCAGAAAUUUUGAACAGCUCUGUGUGAGCUGAGCUUAUUCCUGUAUACAGUUACAAAUUUCAUUGAAUAUCCAAAGACUUAAACAUACAGAACUAUCCUUAUCGUCAAAAAAGUCUCUCCAAACUUAGUUUUUCUUACAAAUGUUGCUAUCUGAUUUCUACCUCUUUAUUUUUCUGUUACAUGGAGAAGUCUUUUUGAUAUGCUUAUAUGCACUUUGAGGCAGAGUCAUUUUUAAAACAGUUUAUUUGCUAUUAAAUCAUUAUAUGUGCACACUCAUUUGGUAUUUGCUGCAAGUAUUCUGUUAUAAUUCAGUUUAUAAAGUGCUCAUUUAAAGUCUUCCUUUUGGAGCUAAAAUGUUUUUAAAAGAGGGCAUACAACCUCAAUUCAUCUGGGAAAUUCAUGGCUAACCUUCCGAGAAGAAGAGAGGUAAGUUAGACAAAUAACUGGAAGAAUUCUGAGUUUGCAGCUUAUUUUCCUGCAUUAAAAUACACGCCAUCUUAUAUCUGAAACUUGCAACUGUAAGUCGUGAGUUCUUAAAUGGACUUGGUGUUUAUGGAGGACAGAAACUGCUGCCUCUGUAUUAGAGCUAUUGAAUAGAUUCAGCUUCAAAGCAUAUGAAAGACAAUUCCAUUAAUUUAUGCAGGCUUUAAAGGCUGAUUUUAUUUGCAAAAUGUAUUUAAUUUGAUAGGUGGUUCUCCCUGUGGUGUGAAGACUCCUGCUUAUGGAACAAGUACCAUGCGAGGAAGAGGAAUUGCUCAAUUGCUGAAAAGUGCAUCUCAUCUAACCAACUCUCUCAGUAACUGAAAGUCCGCUUUACCUCCAGGACAGCUAUAUGUUCUGUUUUUUCUUGUCUCUUUAGGAUAACCAAUAGUUUCUCCAGACUGCAUUUUUUCAUCUUAUGUGCAACCCUCAACAGUUCAAAUCCUUGUUAGAAUGAUAAAACUAUUGACUGGAUUUAAAUAAGAAGAAAAUCUUGGUUUCUGUCUACAAGAACGCUUAUUUUGAAGGGACCUGGCAAUGGCAUCCUCUCUUUAAAUACCAUGCUGGUUCUGUUUCUUAGUGUUUGGAGCAGAAAUGUAAGAUCAAAUAGUCAGUACCAUUGUUUAAAGACACAGGGGCCACUAAAGAAGUGGUUUAUUUCAUAUUUAAUAAUGUCCAUCCCCUCUUCUGUAGGUGAAAGAUAGAAUUUCAGUGCAUAACAGUCCCUCUCCAAAAAAUCAGUGUGGGGGGAGCGGUGGAGCUUUGAAAGGCUGCAGUAGGGGAAUUAGAAAUCUAGUAGUCUCAAAGAAUUGCUGAUGAUCUCUCUCUUCUACCUAUUAAGAAUUUGAGUACUCAUUCAGGGCCAAAAACCAGAUAUUCUAUGCAAUGUCUUGGCAAAAUGUGAUGGCAGUUUUAUCCAUCUGUUAAUAUUCUUUUGGAGACACAGACUAUACAUCAGGAACAAGCACAAUAUGGAUAUCGUGUUUUUUUUUCUUUGCAUCAUUUCUGCAAUUAAAUUAUGUCCCUCAAACUUAAACUCUUGAGAGUCUUAAGAUGUUUCUGUUUGUUUUUUAAAGGAAUUUCAAAAUCAAAUGGAUAUAGUAGUCUGCAGGUAUAAUUUCCACAGGUUUAUUACGACUGAGGCAGAUACCAGUCAUAAUUAUUUGAGGGAACAUAAAAACUGGGAGACUGAUGUAUUACUGGAAAGUUAGAUUUUUCAUCUUAUGGAGACUAGCAUUCCAAAAAGUUUUCUGUUAUCUGAGCCUCCUCCUUAAAUCCUGUAUCUUUAGGUAUAUGGUUCUAGGAAAUAAUAGCUUAUUUUCUGAGCUGUUCCUACAUUUUAUUCCAACUGAAGUCUGGUUGUGAGGUACUAUUUCCAUAGCAACUAACUGUGAGAUGAAAAUUUAUUUUCUUUUAAGAAGUAAAACUACAAAUAAGGUAGUUUGUUGUUUUGGAUAAUAGAAAAAAAUAAAAAUAAAAGGUCAGCACAUGUGUGAAUAAACUCAAGCACACUGACCAACAUAUUAAAAAAGGCCAGUUGCUGAUUUGGUUGGAAAUCUGUUUCAGUUGCUGUAAGGCCAUUUUGAGUUACUUCUUCCAGUUCAGCAGGGUCGCUGAACCAUUUUGAUGCCUCCUAUGUAACAGUUUGCUUAUUUGAUUGAAUUUUCUUGCAUGAUUCUGUAUUUUGUUCCAUUGAGGCCAUUGUUCUGCCUGGUAGGCUUCACUAGAUAAGAGACUAUAAGCUUUUGGGACUAAGGUCUCAAAUGAAGCAUAUGGACACAUUUUAACAGGGUUAGAGUCACAUAGUAGUGGUAAAGGCUUCUCUGAAAGUGGAAGAGGGUUGCUCUAGUUCUAAGUUUCUUAACUGACAACAUUUCAACAUCUGCAGAGCUGUAAUCAUUAAAUUAUUUUCAGUGUUGUAAUAAAUGUUUCAUGUUUCAGUUCUUAUGUAGAAGAAAAUACAUUAUUCCUGAAGUAUUUAUUUGGUGUCAGAGUAAGUACACAAACUUAAGAACAUUUAUUACUAUGCUUAAUUCAUUGUAUGACUUCAAGAUUGUGAUAAAAAGUGUGACUAAAAAUGGAUAAAUAGAGUUAAGGUUCCAGGGCAUAUCUGUACCUUGUCACCUGUACUUUAAAAUAGUAUGUAUGUUUUAUAAGACCUUGUUAUAUGCUGCAGAUAGUAGGCUGUAAGUAGGGCAGCAACCGUAUUACUGUAAUAGCCAACAUCCUGAGGUGUUAUUGUAAUGAAAACUGAAAUUUAUAUAAUGAGAACACUAACUAGUAGUGUGUACACUAACUAGUUGUAGCCCAUUUAAUACUAUUAUACUAUAUGCAUUAAAGGGAACCCUACCAGCUAUUGGAGGAUGAUAGGAAGUGAUCUCGUUUUGGACCUUUGCUUUCCUUGCCAUUGUGCAGUUUGCAACUUCAACUUUAAUUUCUUGAAAAGGAAAGUGUUUAGUAAACAUGGUACAGUAAUACUUCUCUCCUUUAACGGAAAAAUAAAAAAGAAGGAAAGAGGUUCCUUUCAGUCUUAGCAUACUUCUUUAAGUGCAAGGAGUACUACUUGUAAGGCACAGACUGUAGGUCAAAAUCAGAACAAAGUAACAGAUCCAUGUGAAUUCUCUCCACUUGCAUGAUAAAAUUCUUGAAGGGAAAUAAACCAGGCAGAUGCAAAUUAGUUCUUGAGCAGAGUUUGAGUGUUGCAGCCUGGGAGCUUUAAGCAUGUACUUUCCACCUGGUAAAAGUAAUAGUAAUUUAAUACUCUCUGCAUAUGGGUGUAUAGCUAUAAUACAAAUUGAACUAUCUACAGAAGAGGUUUUUGUAAACAAGGCAUUUAACUGAUUCAGUCAGAUCUGACUCACUGCCCUCGUAUUAGUGUGGGUUGCACAGUCCAGUGACAUUAAUGGGUAAAAGUCAUCCUGGUUUUGCACACACAUUACAAAGUUACAAGUUUGUUCUUGUACAAGCAACCAGACAGACCAUUGAAUUGUGUGUUACUACUUUCUAGGAUGGAUGUUUUGGCUAAGCAAACAGUUUUCUAAGGGUUGUGAAAAUACAAUGCAAUGUGAUGACAGAACUUUGCUAAUCUAGUCUAUGACAUUAGUAUGAUUAGCUUGUAAUCAUGUGCUUCAUCUUUUGGAUUCUAUUCAAAGAGUAUAUAACUGAUAUUGGUGGUGGUGGGGAACUUGUUCAUGUGCAGUAAGCAGAAGUUACUGCUCGUAUGUAGGAGAAACUAUUAAUCUGGUUAUUAUUCAGAUGCAUUUCUGACUUACCCACGUACUCCUUCCAAUAAACUUUAGAAACCAGGUAUGCAGAAGUUGUUCCUAUUGGCCACUUUCUCUCCUCCAGCUAAGAAAACUUAUCCAUAACUUGCAUUCUGACUUAACAGAAGUGUUCUCUUAUAUAUUCUUAAUAUAAUACAGUACUAUCUGGUUUUGAUCUCAGUUUGAUUUGAAACUUUUGUUUUGGAACACUCAAAAGAUAGUGAGACUAUCUUAGUGGAACUACUUGCAGAAAGCUUUGGAAUUUGGAAGUGUGUAAAGCUUCUGUAAAUGUCCACCUGUCUAAGAAAAUAGGGGGGUUAUGCUUUAAGUUGAAGGGUGCUGCUAUGCUUAUGAUCUCAUGCACAGAUGCCAUUACAUGGCUAGGCAUGUGUAGCACAAGUAGUUUAGAAACGAAGACUGACAAGGAUCGAUACAGUAUUGAAAAUCACGAAAUCUGAUGGUACAGGCAACAAGAAACAAAUUAUGAUAGUGCAAACUUCUUCUACUAAUAGAGCUUGAUCUUAUCUAAAAAGCAUUUGCUCUAGGAGUGAAACGUCACUGUAGGUGGCCACUUAUUAGCAUACUUCUCAGAUAACAAAUACUAAAGGUGGCAGUUGUGUGUGAAUAGUGAUUAUGUCAAGACUAUAAACUUGAUCUACAUGAAGUACAUAGACAUCCAACUAGUAGUUACUGAGGUUGCUUAGUGAAAAUCAUUGGGGAUCCUCCUCUGUACAUGCUUUCACUGCAGGCACAUGCUAUCAAAAUUAUUUUGCAUAGGAGUAUCUAUGGAGGCUUCAUUUGCAUCUUAGGGUAAGAUGGCCUCUCAAAAGCACUUCUCUAAGGAAAAUUCAGUGUGUCCUACAGUUUCCGCAGAAUAUAUGAGGUUGGAAGGGAGCUCUGGAGAUUACCUACUCCAGUCCUUCUCAAAGCUAGGUGAGCUAGAGCAGGUUGCUCAGAAUACUGCCUUGUUGGAUUUUGAGUAUUUCCAAAGAUGGAAACUCCACGACAUCUCUAGGCCACCUGUUCCAGUGCUCAGUCAUCCUCAUAGGAAAAGUUUUUUCUUAUGUUUGUAUAGAUUUUCUUGCAUUUUAAUUUGUGUCCAUUGCCUCUCGUCUGUUCACUGUAUACCACAGAGAAGAGUCCGGCUCCAUCUUCUUUACAGCUUCCUGUCAGGUAUUUAUACAUACUGAUAAGAUCCCUCUGAGACUUCUCUUCUCCAGGCUAAACAAUCUCAGCACUUUCAGCCUCUCAUAUAUCAUCUGCUCCAGUCCCUUAAUCCUCUUAGUGGCCCUUUGCUGGACUUGCCCCAGAACGUCCAUGUCUCUCUCAAACUGUGGAGCUCAGAGCUGGGCCCAGCAAUCUGGGUGUGGCCUUAUCAGGGCUGAGUGAGGGGCAGGAUCACCUCCCUCAACCUGCUGGCAAUGCUUCUCCUAAUGCACCCCAGGAUGCUGCUGGCUCAUUGUCAACUUGCUGUCCGGCAGGACUCCCAGGUCCUUCUCCACAGAGCUAUUUUCCAGCAGGUCAGUGCCCAGCCUCUACUGGUGCAUGCACCAGUUAUUCCUCCCAGGUGCAGGACCCUGCACUUGCCUUUGUUGAACUUCAUGAGGUUCCUCUGCCCAUUUCUCCAGCCUAUUGGGGUCCCUCUGAAUGGCGGCACAGUCCUCUGAUGUAUCAGCCACUCCUCCUGGUUUUGUAUCAUCAAUAAACUUGCUGAGGAUGCACUCUAUCCCAUUGUCCUGGUCAUUAAUGAAGAUGUACAAUAUUGGACCCAGCAUCUACCCCUGGCGUAUGCUGCUGGUGCCUCACCUCCAGCUGGACUCUGUGCUGCUGAUCACAACCUUCUGAGCUCUGCCAUUCAGCCAGUUUUCAGUCCACCUCACUGUCUUCUCAUCUAGCCCAUACUUCAUUGGUUUGCAUAUGAGGAUGCUAUGGGAGAUAGUGUCGAUAGCCUUACUGAAAUCAAGGUAGACAACAUCCUCUGCUCUCCCCUCGUCCACCAAGGCAGCUGUCUCAUUGUAGAAGACUACUUGUUUAGACAUGAUUUCCCAUUCAUAAAUCCAUGCUGACUGCUCCCAGUCAUCAUCUUGUUGUUCAUAUGUUUGGAAAUGGUUUCCAGGAUUAGUUGCUCCAUCACCUUCCCAGGGAUUUAUUUGAGGCUGAUAGGCCUGCAGUUCCCUGGCUUCUCCUUCUGGAAGACAGGAGUGACAUUUGCUUUCAUCCAGUCCUCUGGAGCCUCCCCAGUUACAGUGACCUUUCAAAGAUAAUUGAGAGUGGCCUAACAAUGACAUCAGCCAGCUCCCUCAGCACUUAUGGGUGCAUCCCAUCAGAUCCCAUAGACUUGCAUAUGUCCAGUCUGCUUAUAUGUUCCCUAAUGUCCUCUUCCACAAGCAAGUCUUCCUUGGUCUAAACUUUCCUGCAAGUUUCAGGGACCUGGGAUUCCUGAAGGCUGCCUUACCAGUAAAGACUAAGGCAAAAAAGCAUUCAAUACCUCAGCCUUCUCCUUGUGUUUUAUGUCCAGGUUUCCAUUCUCACUCAGUAGUGGGCCCAUACUUUCCCUCAUCUUUCUUUUGAUUGCUGAUGUACCUGAAGAAACCUUUUUUGUCCUUGCCAAAUUCAGCUCCCGGUGGGCUUGGCCUUUCCUAAUCCCAUCUCUGCAUGCUUGGACAAAGUCUCUAUAUUCCUCCUAGGUCACUUGUCCCUUCUUCUAUCUCCUGUACGCUUCCUUUCUGUGUCUGAGUUUUGUCAGGAGCUUGGUGCUCAUUCAUGCCACCUUUAUCUGUUUUCUUGCUUGUCAGGAUGCACCAUUCUUGAGCUUGGAGAGGAUGAUCCUUGACAAUCAACUGGCUCUCCUGGACCUCUCUUGCCAGGGCAGUCUCCCAUGGGCCCCUUCCAAGCAUAUCCCUGAACAGGUCAAAGUCUGCACUCCUCUAGUCCAGGGUUGUGAUCCUACUUUUUGCUUUUUUUCCAUUCUCUUAGAAUCUUGAAUUCAACCAUCUCAUAGUUAUUGCAUCCAAGGUUGCCUUCACAUCCCUAACCAAUUCUUCCUUGUUUGUAAGUGUGAGGUCCAGCAGAGCAUCUCACCUUGUCAGCUUCUCAAUGACUUGUUUCAGGAACUUUUCAUCAGUGCACUCCAGAAACCUCCUGGAUUGCUUGUGCCCUGCUGUGUUGUCCCUCCGGCAGUUAAUUGGGGCGGUUGAACUCCCCCACGAGGACCAGGGCCUGUGAACAUGAGGCGGCUUCUAGUUGUCUGAAGAAGGCCUCAUCUGGUUCUUCCUGACCAGGCAGUCUGAAGUAGACACCUACCACAGUGUCUCCCAUGUUGGUCUGCCUUCUAAUCCUAACCCUUAAACUCUCUACUGGCUCAUCAUCCAUCCCAAGACAGAGCUUUGUGCUCUCCCCCAUUGCUCCUCCCACUGCUCUCCCCCAUUAAGGUCAACUCCUUCUCACCUUCCAAGUGUGAGAAAACAAGCUGGGCAAGAUGAUGCGUGGGAAAGGAAACCUAAUGUUGUCUCUACUCUUGCAGCUUGUAGGUUCAAGACUUGUGCCAUUUUCAGGAUCUAUAUUAUACCUGGUUAUGCUAUCAAAGGGAGAGUCUGCAAUGUCUAAAGUAUGAUUAAUCAGUGCAUUACAUCUUUAGCAAUAUGUCAGUUUUCAAAAUCUUAAAGGUAGGAGGAGGACAGGAACUUGUUGGGGGGGGGUUGGGUGGAGAGGCAUGUCAAAUACUAAUUACGGGAUUUUGCUGCUAGGACAGAUGUCAAACUGGAGUAGGCAGUAGUAUAAUUCUUGUUCAAAUGGCACAGUUGAUACUCAUUCCAUUGGGCACAUUCCUUGUCUGCCACCUACAGUGAGGUCCAUACUGAAUCAUACCCAAAUGAAAGCUUACUUCUAUUUCAGGGACUCUGGGUCUUAAGCCGUCACAGGCAGAUGGAGUUCUGCUGAAGGUCAUUCUUCUGAAUAAAAAUUUUUGUUAUGUGAAUGAAUACACCGUAUUCAAGGAAGACCUGUCUGAUUUUCCUUGCAAAAUGGCUGUAAUUCUCUGUUCCCGUUACCUUUAAAAAAUCCUCAUAAUUCUUGUAGAGGGAAUGUGUUUUUGACCUGCUAGUUAACUAAAGAAGGGCUAAUCCUUUCCCCUAUCAAAAAUUACAAACUUUCCCAAAAAGUUAAGUGGCUCAAGUAUGUGUGUGAAAUGAAGUUCUUAAUUUCUGAUUGAUAGAGAUAUAUGCAGCUGACUGUGAAGGCUUUAACAACAUCUUCCUGUGUGGCAAAGUAUACUGUAGUGGGGUAGGGGAAUAACAAGUUCAUUAUCUAGUUUCUGCCCUCUUGGUAUCUUCUACAGGAUUAUCAGACCCUUACCUCCACCCUGGAAUGAACUGCCAAUUAAUUUUUGUUGCAGUGAGUCAGUAAAAUGAAAAAAUUGUCAAAUGCUAUUAUUAGUCUAACCCCAUAUUAUCUUUGUUCCCUCACUUUUUCUUGGUUCUGUCUUAGAAGCUCCCACAAGCUUCUGUAAUUACCAUUUUCAAAUAAUCUGCCACACACACACACACUAAGCAGGUGACAGGCAGGAGGGAGAAGUUCCAAAUUCCCUUAUGUAGGGCUUUAUUCUAUUUAUUAUUUAUUUUUUUCUAUUUUAUUUAUGAGCAAACUAUCAAGAUUAUUACUAGUCCCAGUGCACCCAGAAUUAAUCUUGAUAGUUUGCUCAUCAUACUGUGAAUUUCUUUAGAUAGAAGACUGUAUCAGUGUCUUUCCUGAAACAGAUGAUACAAAUAAAUAGAGAAGUAGUGCUGUUACUCUAGCAACAAGAAUUUUGAAAUAAUUAACUCUUGUGUAUCUGAUCCGUUCUGCAUUGUGCUCCACCAUGAAUCUUGGA